CGUCGAGGGUGAAUGCGAGCGCACAUCGGUCGGUCCGGUUUGCAAGGGUUAAAGUAGACGCUGAAGCCCUGUUCAUUCGUUCAAAUCAACUGCAAUUGAUAUCGUCAAUUGGAAAUAUGAUCACGCUUACCGUUCUUUUGGUUGCGUUGGUGGUUACGGCUGUUGCCUAUACUCCGAUUCGAUACCUUUAUGAUCCUCUGAGACUCCGCCGAUUCCCUGGGCCAUUUCUAGCCGCGAUCUCGCCGUUCUGGCUCACCUACCACGCCCGCCGGGCACAACGAUAUCUCGCCGUCGAUGCCGCCCAUAAGAAGUGCGGCAAAUUCGUUCGCAUUUCCCCCAACCAAGUCUCCAUCAACGACCCUGACGCAAUCCAAAUCGUCUACGGUCACCAAACCGGAUUCUUAAAGAGCGAAUUUUAUGAUGCGUUCGUGAGUAUCCAUCGUGGGUUGUUCAAUACGAGGGAUAGGGGGGAGCAUACGAGGAAGAGAAAGAUUAUUAGUCAUACUUUUUCACAACAGGCUAUUCUUGGGUUUGAGCCGUUGAUUAACAAGAGUCUGUCACUCCUUCUCUCUCGCCUCUCAGAUAUGAUCGACCCCGCAACAAACUCCUUGACGCUGGAUUUCCUACCCUGGGCAAACUACCUCGCUUUCGACAUCAUCGGUGAUCUUGCCUUCGGUGAACCCUUCCACUUCAUCGAGAGUGGUUCAGACUCGAACGGAGCGAUUCGCGUCCUUAAUGACCGCGGUGAGUGGAGUGCGACAGUCGGAACAAUCCCUUGGGUCAGAGACUGGGCACGCUACUUCCUCUUCGACCGCUUCUGGGUCCGUGGGUACGAGAGUGUACAGCAACUCGCAAAGAUCGCUGUCACGGCCGUCGACCGUCGCCUGCAAAAGUCGGAAGAGGAGCUGGAGAAUCGAAGGGAUUUGUUGAGUUUCUUGUUGAAGGCGACGGAUGAGGAGGGGGAGCCGUUGCCGAGAUCGGAGGUUAAUGCUGAGGCGUUGACGCAGUUGAUUGCUGGGUCUGAUACGACGUCGAACACUCUUACUCACAUCAUCGACCUCCUCUGCCGUAAUCCCGAAUGCAAGACAGAGAUCCAAGCAGAACUCGACGAAGCAUUCCCCGAAAUCACCGACGACCUCGCUCUCGAAUGGAAAGACGUCAAAGACCUCAAAUAUACCGCUGCGGUGUUGGACGAAGUCCUGCGCUACAGACCUACGAGUGCGUUGGGAUUACCCCGUAUCGUACCGCCUCAGGGGGCAGAAGUAUGUGGAGUCUUCUUCGAGGGCGGGACGGUGUUAAGUGUUCCCUCGUAUUCCGUCCACCAUGAUCCGAAUCUUUGGGAGAGUCCGGAGGAGUUUAGGCCGGAGAGGUGGUUGGAUAUCUCGAAGGCUAGUGUUGAGAAGUAUUUCAUUCCGUUUUCGUAUGGGCCCAGGUCUUGCGUUGGGAGGAAUGUGGCGGUUAUGGAGUUGAUUAAGAGCAUGGCGAGUAUCCUGAGACGGUUCGAUUUUGAGAGGGUGUAUCCAAAUGAGGAGACGGUGCUCCGGGAGGGAUUUUUGUUGAAACCGACCGAGCUUUGGGUUACCAUGAGCAAGCGGGCUUGAUGGAGGAGGAAGAGGAAGAGAUAGGGAGGUAUUUGCUUGUACGAAUAUGCAUUGCUUGAGGUUAC